AUGACACCAGCCUAUCAGCGUCGUCCUCUCACUGGCUGCGGGCCUUACCGCAAUCACAUGCAAUACUUUCGUUGGCUCAUCUUUCUACUUACUACUAAUUCAUCCAUUCCAUGUUGCUCUGCUUCUGCAUCGCACAGGCUGCUGGCUCGACCGCUUAAGCCUUCCUCGCUCCUUUAUUUUUUCUGCUCUCUCGUGCCAUGUCUUAGUCUCUCUCUCUCUCUCUCUGCCGGCCAUGGUUCGCACGCCCCAGUCUCUCUUGCUUUGACGGCUCUCAUUGUCCGGAACCGUACCGUUACUCCAACGGUGCUUAUCAACUUCUCAGCUGUGUGUGUAUGUGUGGACGCUUCGAAUACCUAUACGUGA